CAUGACAUUUUGUUGAUUCGGCAGAAAGUGGGGGUGGGAAAAAUAGACAGAUAUUGAGUCAUAAUAUGAAUAUUUCACCAUCACUAAGAAGAAUGGUUUGCAUCGGUUACUGUGUUAGAAGUCUAAACAUGCAUCUGUUCCCUGCGAUGAAAAACAAAGCAGCACACAUUUUCCCAUUAACCAUAUUUUAAAGGGCCAGACUGAACAGUUAUUAAACACACUUGGCUGGGCACACAUCACGUAUCCAGUGGUUAUAUGAGCAGGAGCAGGCUUGUAUAACAAAAUCAGAAACUCCACAUGCCGAACUCCUCCUCCUCCUCUUCAUCAUCAUCUCUCGGGGCGCAUCUGCAGGCUGCAGGAACAGAGCGAUGGUUUUACACGGAUACACUUAGCUUUUCUUCACUGCUUAGACAUCCUUCCUGUAUAGAUGAAGAGUGUUUAAGUUAAAGAUAAGAGCCAGCCCAGGCUCCUUCUGAGAUAUUCCUUCUGUCACAUUCAGUCUAAUUGAGUUCACAAUGGGAUUACGCGUAUUUGGCACACCGCGUUACGCAUACGCGUGCGUCUAUUUAUGUAUUUUCUUCCUGCAGGCUGCACAAUCUCAGAGAAAUCCGGGAACGCCGCAAGGAAACGAGCAAAGAGCGUCUCUCCGGCAGACGCUGCAGUGGUCGCACAACGGCAAGAUUUUUAGCAUUUUAAGUCACGGCUCGGAGUACCAGCCAGCGCGGCGGAGAGGUGCGCCUCAGGAGCAAGUGCAACAGGCGCGACCUGUCACCAUCAUUCGCGAUGCGGACGUGAGGGCUCAGGAUGCCCAGAGCCAACCGGUGGCCCAGCAGCAGCAGCAGCAGCAGCCUCCGAGAUCGGGGUCCAACCAGCAGGGUCUCCCGCCACCGCUCCAGAGGCUCGUGAGAGGGCACGAGCACCGCCAGCAUCACCAGCACCGUCCCGUUGAGCGCACGGGGACGCAGAGGAACAACAGCGGCAAUGGGACACAGGAGAAGGUCACCGUCAGUCCACCUCUGCCCAGGAGAGAAGACAUGAUGGUUGGUGAUGAUCCAUACGACCCUUACAAGUCCAUCGACAGCGACAACCCGUAUUACAAUCACUACGACGUUUACGAGACUCCGAGGCGGAGAGCGAGACCUGGAUAUGGCACAAGCUAUCAUCAGUACGGUCUCCCUGAUCUUGUACCUGAUCCAUACUACAUUCAAGCCUCUGCCUAUGUCCAGAGGGUUCCAAUGUAUAACCUGAGAUGUGCAGCAGAGGAAAACUGUUUGUCAAGCUCAGCCCAUAGGUCAAGAGACUAUGACACCCGUAUGCUGCUGAGGUUUCCUCAGAGAGUCAAGAACCAGGGGACAGCUGACUUCCUCCCCAGCAGGCCACGCUACUCCUGGGAGUGGCACAGCUGUCACCAACACUACCACAGCAUGGAUGAGUUCAGCCACUACGACCUCCUGGAUGCCACCUCUCAAAGGUCGGUGGCAGAGGGCCACAAGGCCAGCUUCUGCUUGGAGGACACGUCCUGUGACUAUGGAUACUACAGACGAUACGCCUGCACCUCGCACACUCAGGGCCUGAGCCCGGGAUGUUAUGAUACCUACAACGCAGACAUCGACUGCCAGUGGAUUGACAUCACAGAUGUGAAACCUGGCAACUAUGUCCUGAAGAUCAGCGUAAAUCCUUACUACCAGGUCCCAGAAUCAGACUACAGCAACAAUAUCGUUCGCUGUGAUGUUCGCUACACUGGCAACUAUGCCUAUGUGUCAGGCUGUCACAUGUCAACAUAUUAAUGAACAACAGCCGACUUGUGCAAAUGGCGAUGAAGAGGACUGCAUAUGAAACACCGUAAAAAUAGGAUGUUAUCAGACAUACAUUCACUUUAUAAUUUAAAUGUUCCACGUUUAGGAAAAAAAAAGGAACCAUCUAAUAUUGUAGCUCAUUCCUCUUUGCUUUCAUGGGAAAGCAGAUUUUCAUAUCUCUUUACUGAGAAGCAUAUCUUAUCUCAGCUUUAAAAUAUUUCUCUUUUCUUACCUGUAUUGGAUUUUAACACUUGCUUGCAUUUCCUACUACUUGUAAGAUGAAGAAUAUACGUGUGAAAUAUAAACAGAAACCAGCUUUCCCUCAUUAUUAAUAUCAAAUAUAUCACAACUUUAAAGGGGACGAGAUGUUUAAAGGAAAACUGUAUUUGUUAUAUUUAUAUACAUACGAUGGACGAAAAGCUUUUGAAAAAACGUACUUGAAUAAAAUUCUGAUAUUGUAUCAGGCUUAUUAUGUUGAAAUGGCAUCUCUCUUCUUGCCUUGGCUUUGUUUCUUAUAUUGUUUUCUGUCAAACACACACACAUGUUAAGAAGAUCAGUGUGGAAUAAAAUCUCAUGAAAACUGCGAA